GCACUGUGCUAAUUCAUGAGCCCACAGGUGACAAACUGAGAGAAGGGUCUGAACAGAGGAGAGGGCAGGACAGGAAAGCAGAAAUAGGCUUCUUUGUUUCAUUAUCACAGACUUUUUCAUUUCUUGUCCUACGGAGUAGAAAGGGAUCCUAUAACCUUCUGCAGCAUUUUACAUACAAUAUGAAUUUAGUGCAUUCAAAGCAUCUUUUGUGCUAAUUAAACCAGACAGUUUCAAGUAUGCUUAACACAGUCAUUUGAAAGACUAACACAGCUGUUCCUGGGAAUAGAUACAGCUGUCCCACUGUGACUUGCAGUGAGAUGGUGACUUCUGUUUUCAUUUGAAGUGCAACUAUGGGCAAGUGUAUCUAUUUCCAGAGAUAAUGGGAAUAAAUGAAACGAAAUUUGAAAGUGAUAUUCUUGUACAGUACAUUUAUUAAUGAAGCACAAAACUGAAGUAAAAUAAGUCAGCCUAUUAUCACAGCAUUAAUUAGGGACAACAAUAGCUUUCAGUAAAAUCCGUAUAAGUGUAAUAUCAGAAACAGCCAGGCAUACUGCUUCACUUUAGGGUUAAAGUUUCUUCACCAAGUGAAUCAUUUGCUAGCAAAAGAGAAAACAGCUUCUGAACAGAUAACAGGCAAUGCUCAAGGUUGGUUUUAUCGCUAUUUUAGUCAGUCAUGCAUUCAGAAUUGCAUUUUUAAAUUAUUUCUGGAGGACAGUUUAGAGGAGAAGAGCCAAUAGUUAAAUAAAGUAGCCUAACUCUCCUUACUCACAAUACUAAAUUAAACAGUUGGUCAUUAAUGUAAGUUAUCUUGAAAUUUUGAAAAUUUCAUUACCUUCCAAUGCAACCUUUUUAAGUUUAAAAUAAAAUGUCAGCCUUAAAGCUUUAAUUACACAUACAUCUGGUAAUCCUGCCCUGCUAUUAAUGCAAUAAAGAAAUCAAUAUCUGAUAAGUAUCAAAGUUUAACUACCUCUUUCUUCAAUACUCCAUUAGCAACCAAAGAUCGCAUAUUAACUAUGGUAGUAGAACAUCUAAGGACAGGAGAGAGAUAGAACUCUGAACAACAACAGCUAAACAAGAAAGAAUAAAAGUAUCUUACUUGAUUAUUUCUAGGACAAGGGCAACUGUUCCUACACAAACAAAUCAAAAUAAAAAAUCCUCACCAUCAGUUGCUGUAACACAUUCUGCUUUACAUUACCAAGCUCAGCUAAAGCAAUUUUCUAGCAAACAUACUAACAUUUAGAAAUUAUUUUCCCUCUUUAUUGCACUUUUCUCUUAGCUCUUGCUAAAAAAAAACCUGUUGACCUUUGUAGGCAUUAUCUGCCCUGCAAUCGUAGAGUAGCAAUAUUACAAGCCAGAGGUUGUAGAAGGUCCUUCUCUGGAGGUAUUUGAAAGCCACCUGCAUGUAAUCCUGUGCAACCUCUUCUAGGUGAAUCUGAUUUAACAGGGGGGUUGGUCUAGAUGAUCUCCAGAGGUCACUUCCAUUCCCAAACAUUUUGUGAUUCCAUAAUUACACCUCAGAAAGCCUUAGAGGUCAUCAGUCCUGCUUUGCAGACACAUGCAGUAGGUGAAAUCACAGGUUCAAGUUGUUAAGCAACAGAAGAUGAAGAUUACUGCGACAAUGUGACAGCAUUAAGGAUUCAGAAUUGUCUUUACUAUGCUGCUGGGGGAAAAUCUACCCUCUUCUGGAAGCUCUGAAAUAUGAGCUUCAUUGUAGUUUCUCUGCACUCUUGUGUCUGACUAUUGACAUGCUGGAGAUGUCUCUGCUGCGUUUGUAGGUCACUAAGAUUGCAGAUUCAGCCCAUCAGGCUCCCACUUUGUGGGCAGAGAUGGUUUCCUCUUCCCACCAAUAACAUGGUGUCCUGGGGUGACAUGCUCAAAUUUUACCUAUGCAUACCUUCUCCAUAAGUGUCCAGUGCCCUUGCUAACUUUACAGUUUAGCUAACCUGAAAUCUGCUCAAUUCCUGCUACCAAGGUAAUUAAACCUCUUCCCUCACUAGCUCCAUUUCACUUAGAAGAAAUACAGAGUUUGUAUUUAUUGCCACAUAUCCCUUGGAAAAACAAAGGUAUUGAACUUCCAUUUAAAUAAAAAAAUAAUUCACAUUAUUUGUGCACUAAUUAUUCAUAAUUAUAAACAGCACAAUAUUGCAGUAAGAUGUGGUUUAAAAUUUUGCCUUCACUACUUCUGUAUGAAAGCUGUGCAUGUGUUGAAGCCACUCAAGACUGCAGUGCUAUAAAUAGUGCUCUAUUGUUAGUGGAGAAAAGAUGAAAUAAGUCUCACAGCACUGGAACACUGGACACUGUAUUAAAUGUUAAGCUCUGCCUGUUCUAAAAGUGAAAGGCUACAUCAACGGAUAGACUGGUCUGUGGGUAAGACACGCGGCUGGGAAGAGCUCAGUCUGACUCUGCAGCUUCCUGACACAGUAGGAGCAGCAGCUGAUCCUUCUGCCUCAGCAAUGGCAGAAGCUGUCAUAAGACACUGGGUGGAAACUCCUGUACGCUACCAGGAGCAGUUUGCUGACCAAGAGCUGGAAGCCCACAAACUGAACCACCUUUUAUAUGCUUUGCCGGGCCCUGCCACCACUGCACUGAGUGACCAAAGGUGUGCCAGAGAAAGCACGGCUGGGGCUGGGGAGAGUGGCCAAGAGGAGGAAAACACACAUUUUCGGGUCUUGCUGGACGUUGUGCAGUUCCGCCCUGAAGAUAUCAUUAUCCAGACUUUCGAAGGCUGGCUCCUGAUUAAAGCUCAGCACGGACCCAGGAUGGAUGAACAUGGUUUCAUAUCCAGAAGUUUCAUCAGACAAUACAAAUUACCUGAUGGAGUGGAGAACAAAGACUUGUCUGCACUUUUCUGCCACGAUGGCAUUUUGGUUGUUGAAAUGAAGAACUCAGUGGAAAAGAAUUAGAACCAUGUCUGUAGUUAUCGGUGAGAUAAAAUCAUUCUUCCUGUAACAAAAUAAUAUCAGUCAUGCAAUGCUGUAGUAAGCAUGUAGCAGAAUUUAUUAAGGCACAGGAAAUUCUUUGUAUAUAUUCUUCUGUAUGCUGAGUUUACUGUUUGAUGUGAAAUGUUAUACUGCUUGCCUCUAGUUACACAUAGGUUGAAAACCCAGGCUGUUUGAACAGUAGCAAACUUGGGCUAGUCUCUCCAGGAGGAAAAAAAAAAUCUAUUUGAUAACAUAUUGAAAAUACAGCACAGUUUUGAGUUAAGUAACAAGAAUUGUACUUCUAAGGAAUAAGCAUUUGUCAUACAUAGUCAUAAACACUGAAGAAGGAACAGACAAGCUGUGAAUAUUAUUGAAAUUUAUGUAUCAAAAAAAUCAGUUUUCUAAUUUUUGAGAUUAAACUCUUCUCUCUGGAAAAGCACACAAAGUGAAAGAUACUAUCAAGAGAAAAAUCCCUAUUUCCAUAGUUCAAGGUUCUGUAACAAAAAAAUCUCAAGAAGUUACUUUUUAGAAGUGUGUUGCAUGUUUCAAACUAUAAGAAAAAAUAAUUCAUUUCCUUGAUUUUAUUUGCUUGUAAACACAACAGAUAGAAAUUAUACUUCUGUCAAACUAAUUUGAAAGAAAGCCUUUCAAGACAUUUUAGAAAAUUUGUUUUGUUUAAUGUAACAACUGAAGAAAAAAUUUUUGCUUACAAAAGCACUAAAUUCUUCUUUGUGAAACCUCAGCAAUAAAAAUGCAUUGCCCUUACACAAAUGUCUUUUUUCUUAAACAUUUUAGGUAGUCUUGUUAUUUAAUCAGAUGAAUAUUUAAUUGUCCAUGUUGCUUGACAAUUUAGGCUGAAAUCCCACAACUCUGUCUUCAAGAGCCAAAUUUUUCUGCCAAUGGUAAUUCCCCUCUCCCCAUAGGAACACAGACUCUACAUGAAUCUAAUUUUAAAUACAGGGGUUCCUCACUGCAGACACCGCUUUAGUUUCUGUUCCAGUGUCUCACAUUUCAUGAGAGUGGCAGAUAUGAAAAAAUAACCACCUUCUAUGUCCAGUAUGUGGUCUUCUCAAUAUUAAAAAGAAAUAAUGCUAUGGGUUUGUA